GGACGCUUUUGUCGAUGUUCCAUGUUAAUUUCCUCUUUAACUCCGCCGACGGCGGGCGGGGACAUCGUCGCUCACAGAGGUGCGCUGGAUUGGUGACCUGCUUAGCACCGACGAGCCUCGUAUUGAUACCGGAAGUGUGAGGGGUGUGUCCAGCUGAUCCGCACAACGGGAACAGUCUCCCUCAGCAACAGCAACACCGGCGACCUGCGGAACCGGUACCGGGUACCGGGGUAGGAGGGUGUUCCGCGGUGUCAUGGUCCCGGCGCGACGAUGGCGUCCUUUCCCGGAUUUGCGCGAGGAGACGAGCGGAGACCCAGACGCGUCUCUGCAGCAGAUGCUGAAGGCCAUCGCCGACGAGAGGAGCCGUCUCACCGCGCGGCAGGAGGCCAGCGGACUCGGCGGCUUUAGGGACGACCGCAUCGUCUUCUGGACCUGGAUGUUCUCCACGUACUUCAUGGAGAAGUUCGCUCCUCAGCAGGACGACAUGUUGUUCUACGUCCGCAGGAAGCUCGCCUACGUCAGCGGCGACAGCAGUGAGGGCAAAAAGGUGGAGGUGGAGGUCUACAGGAGAGACUCCAAGAAGCUGCCCGGCCUCGGAGACCCCGACAUCGACUGGGAGGAGAGCGUCUACCUGAACCUCAUCCUGCAGAAGCUGGACUACGUGGUGACGUGUGCGGUCUGCACGCGCUCCGACGCCGGAGACAUCCACAUCCACAAGAAGAAGUGCCAGGAAGUGUUUGCGUCUCCCAGCAAACACGCCAUGGACAGCAAAGGGGAGGAGUCAAAGAUGAGCUACCCAAACAUCUUCUUCAUGAUCGACAACUUCGAGGAGGUGUUCAGCGACAUGACGGUUGGCGAGGGCGAGAUGGUGUGCGUGGAGCUGGUGGCCAGCGACAAGAGCAACACCUUCCAGGGGGUCAUCUUCCAGGGCUCCAUCCGCUACGAGGCCCUGAAGAAGGUCUACGACAACCGGGUUAGCGUAGCGGCUAAGAUGGCGCAGCGCAUGUCCUUCGGCUUCUACAAGUACAACAACAUGGAGUUUGUGCGAAUGAAGGGUCCGCAGGGCAAAGGUCACGCCGAGAUGGCCGUCAGCAGGGUGCCGACGGGCGACACCUCCCCCUGCGGCACCGAGGAGGACCAGGCGUCCCCCGUGCACGAGAGGGUGACGUCCUUCAGCACGCCGCCGACCCCGGAGAGGACACGCCCCUCCUUCUUCUCGCCCUCGCUGAGGCGCAAAGUGCCGCGCAACCAGGAGAUGAAGAAGUCCCACUCGGCCAACGACAGCGAGGAGUUCUUCAGGGAGGAGGAAGACGAAGACCUCCACGCCGCCUCUAACCUGCGCUCCCGCUCCCUGUCGGGCACCGGCCGCUCGCUGGUCGGCUCGUGGGCUCAAACUGAACCGGACGGAGGACUACUUCCUGCUGUACUCCCACCUGACCUACGUCACGCUGCCCGCUGCACCGGCAUCACCGCAGACAUCCUGGAGGUGAGGCAGAAGCCCAUCCUGAUGACGUAGCAGCGCUGACUCCACCGCAGCAUCACAACAAAGUGCCUCCUGCAGCCCCGCCCCCCCCCCCCCCCCCCACA